CCCUGUUAGCGGUUACUUACAAAAACAAAUCAAAAACUGUUAGCAGUUACUUACAGACUUAUAAAAACAAAAACUGGGUCUGAAUCCGCCACUGUAAAAUCAACAUGUCAGUACACAACAUCUUCAUGUGAUCCAGGGGAGGAUCCCUUCCUGUUUUGUAAGAGACUAACCACAACUUCUCCUAGGACCAUCCCUGCUGGCUUCAGCUCAGUACAGCACAGAGUUCAAAGUUUACCUGGAUCUGAUCACCAGCAGUGUUUUAUGCAACAGGUUCACUCCAGUCCCUACAGGAAGGCCUGCAACACACCUGCAGAACAACAGCCGUCAGACUCCACAAGGAAACAGCCUCAAUCAGGAACCAACCUGCUCUCAACACGGACGUCAGAACUGACAGACCUUCAGUAUGGUGCGACGGGUGGCUGUGAUUGGUGCUGGAAGUGGGGGCCUUGUGUCCAUCAAGUGCUGCCUGGAUGAGGGGCAAGAGCCUGUGUGCUUCGAGAGCAGCGAUGACAUCGGAGGACUGUGGAGGUUUAAGGAGAGGCCUGAGCCGGAGCACUCCAGCAUCUACCGUUCUCUGGUGUCCAACACCUCUAAGGAGAUGAUGUGCUUCAGUGACUUUCCCAUGCCUGCUGACUACCCCAACUACCUGCACAAUGCCCAGCUGCUCCAAUACUACCAGCUCUAUGCACAACACUUUGAUCUCCUGAAAUAUAUUCAGUUCCAGACCACAGUACGCAGUGUGAGACAGAGGCCUGACCUCUCCUAUUCAGGCCAAUGGGAGGUUGUUACUGAGAACAGGGACGGUCUGGAGGAGAGCCAUGUCUUUGAUGGAGUGCUUGUGAGUUCAGGGCACUACACACACCCAGUGACCCCAAUGGAUAAUAUCAAAGGAGCAAAGACAUUCCCAGGAAAAUAUUAUCACAGUUGGGAAUACAAGGACCCAGAACCAUUCCGUGGGAAAAGAGUCGUGAUUGUUGGAAUUGGGAAUUCUGGAUGUGACAUUGCUGUGGAAAUUAGCAGAACCGCAGAGAAGACUUUCCUAAGUACGAGAAAAGGUGGGUGGAUUUUGGGACGGAUGUCGGAUAAAGGCCUCCCACUGGACAUGCUGAUGAUCAACCGCAGGAGCCUCCUGAUGCAACGGCUACUGCCAAAGGCGCUGCUAAACUGGGUUACUGAGAGAAGGCUCAACAACAAAUAUGACCAUAGGCUGUACAGUCUGCAGCCAAAGCACAGGUUCUUUGACAGGCGCCCCAUAGUAAACGAUGAUCUACCAGGGCGGAUUCUUUACGGAGCCCUGGCCAUGAAGUCCAACAUGCUUGAGUUCCGAGGGUCAUCCGUGGUGUUCGAGGACCAGUCAGUAGAGGAGAACAUUGACGCGGUUGUUUUCUGCACUGGAUACAGCCCAACGUUUUCCUUUCUGCCCUCGUCUCUAGUUACCGGUCGCCAGGGAGAGAUCCGCCUAUACAAGCACAUGUUUCCCCCUUCGCUAGAGCGCCCUACGCUGGCUUUGUUGGGUCUUAUUCAGACGUCCGGGCCAAUCAUGCCAUGCAUGGAGCUACAGGCUCGGUGGGCCACCAGAGCCAUCGCAGGGUUAAGCCAACUUCCUUCUGAGAAGAAAAUGAAUGAGGUCAUUGAUGCUGAGAUGCAGAGAUACACUGAAAGUUAUCCCAGCCAUGCUACUGUCCAGGUGCAGUACAUUCCUUACCUGGAUGAUCUAGCACAGGAAGUAGGCGCGAGACCCAACUUCCUCUCCCUGCUCUUCCGGGAUCCCAGUCUUUCUCUGAAAGUUCUGCUGGGUCCAUGCACACCAUACCAGUUCCGGCUGUUUGGGCCGGGUCAGUGGAAAGGGGCCCGGCAGGCCAUCUGUACCCAGUGGGACCGGGUGACCCAACCCAUGAGGACAAGGCCGGUGCCCAGACUAAACCCUUCUUCAAUGCCGGGCUGGUGGUUGGCCCUCUCUAGUGGACUCACGGUGGUGCUUGCCAUCCUGGCAUUUCAGAUCAAACUCCCAGACCUCUUUGAUAACCUGUCAGAAGCCUUUGGUGGGGUGCUUGAUGAUCUGUGGAAGGAUGGGAUAGCACCCGUAGUUUAGAGCAAAGAUUUAUUAGAGACAAGACUCUGUUCACACUGUUCAUAACGUUCAUUCAAUUCCACACUUUCACUUUUGUUAUCUCCUGAAUUAUUCUUGAAAGAGUAACAAUAAUAUGCAAUCAUCACAUUAAAUAUCAGUUAUUGUCUGACACAAAGAAUGAAGACCUACAUUUUAUGAUGUUGCCCAAGUUCACAAACUUCACAAAUGAUCAAAUGGUGUUCUUAUAAAGGAUGGUGUGGAAAGUCCAGCUGCUUACUCUACGUCUAUUUCAGUGAAAAUUGAGAAGUAGUGUAAUGUUUGAAUGUGUCUUGUCUAGUUGCUUACUAUGGGUCUCACAUGUCAAUGACAAUUCUAUCAGAAAGACUCGGGAAGCAUGACAUGAGGUUUACAAUAUUUAAUUGAAGUUAACAAUGUUAUAUCCUUAAAGGAAUAGAUAACUUAGAGAUAAUAAAUGGAAUUAUUAAGAGUCUUUGGC